AUGGCCGUGCGCCCCACCACCCUCGCCAACGCCCACACCCGGAAGUCAGUGGGCGGGACAGGAAGUACAAAAGUCGGGCUGGAAAACUCAAUUGGGGCCCAGGUGCUGGAGGCACCAGAGGCUUCCUGCAAGCUCCGGAGCUGGGAGGCUACCACAGACCCUGAGGAAUCUGAGGAGUGGCCAGGGCCAUUUAGAGACCCAAACACGGAGGAGCUGCAAGCCCUGACAGAGGCCCUCUUCCCCAACAACAUGGACGACCCUCUACAGAGCCAGUUUGGGUAUGCCGAUUGGCUGGAUAUCAUUUUGAUGAUAAUAGGUUUGAUUGCAGCUGUUGCAAAUGGAACAGGGCUGCCACUUUUAAUCGUUGUCUUUGGAGAGAUGACAAACAGAUUUGUGACGACUGGCCAAGCAAAGGGGGAGUUAUCAACUUCUGAAAAAUCAGAUAUUGGUUUGGAUAUAGAAGCUGAAAUGACCAGGUUUGCCUACUACUAUGCAGGUAUUGGCUUUGCUGUAGUGAUAUUGAGCACGAUCCAAGUCUGGACAUUUUUGACCUCAGCUGCAAGACAGACAGCAAGAAUCCGACAAAAGUUUUUUUUUUCAAUACUUCACCAGGAGAUGGCUUGGUUUGAUACCAGCCAGAUUGGAACGUUGAACACCCGACUGACGGAUGACAUUAACACCAUCCAGGAAGGCAUCGGAGACAAGAUCUGUAUAUUUGUACAAUUCUUUGCCAGGUUUCUGACAGCGAUUGUUAUAGGAUUCGUCUACGGGUGGAAACUGACUUUGGUGAUUUUGUCAGUUAGCCCUCUCCUUGCUGCAGCAGCAGCAGUUGGAUCAAUCUUCCUGGCAUCGUUCACUACAAAAGAGCUGACUGCUUAUGCUAGAGCAGGAGCUGUGGCGGAAGAAAUUUUGACUGCUAUCAGAACAGUGGUUGCUUUCAAUGGACAGAUGAAGGCAUUAGCAAAAUAUGAUGUUAACCUAGAGAAUGCUAGGAAAGUUGGAGUCAAAAAAUCCAUUACCACCUACACAUCUUUGGGUUUCACAGAGUUUAUUUUAUUUGGAGCCUUUGCUCUUGCAUUUUGGUAUGGAACCAAACUCACAGUGGAGGAGAAAGAGAAUUAUGACCUCGGAUGUGUGUUAAUUGUAUUAUUCUCUCUGCUCCGUGGCGCAUUCUAUCUCGGACAGGGCUACCCAUACUUAGAAAGUGUUGCCAAUGCUCGAGGUGCUGCCUAUGAAGUGUACAAGGUUAUCAGUAAGCACCGUCUUCUAGAUAGCAGUGCCAAGGAAGGAUACAGACCAGACAAGCUCAAAGGAGACAUUAAAUUCAAAAACAUCCAUUUCUGUUACCCAUCUAGACCUGAUGUUAAAAUUCUCAAGGGCCUGAACCUGAAAGUUCAAUCGGGGAAGACCAUCGCUCUGGUUGGGUCCAGUGGCUGUGGCAAAAGUACUGCUAUUCAGCUGCUACAGAGAUUCUAUGAUCCAGUCCAAGGAGAGAUUACCUUAGAUGGACGAGAUAUUCGGACACUUAAUAUAAAGUGGCUAAGAGAACAUAUUGGCCUUGUAAGCCAGGAGCCUAUUUUGUUUGCUACAACAAUAGCUGAGAACAUUUGCUGUGGCAGAGAGGGUAUUACUGAUUAUGAAAUUGAGAAAGCAGCUAAAGAAGCCAAUGCUUUUGAUUUUAUAUCCAGACUGCCUGAUAAAUUUAACACCAUGGUGGGGGAAAGGGGAGCUCAGUUGAGCGGAGGGCAGAAACAGCGAAUUGCUAUUGCCCGUGCCCUGGCAAGGAAUCCCAGGAUUCUGCUGCUGGAUGAAGCCACGUCUGCUCUGGACACUCAGAGUGAAUCUAUUGUGCAAGCAGCUCUUGAUAAGGCUAGGGCUGGACGUACCACCAUUGUGAUAGCUCACCGGCUCUCCACAAUCCGGACAGCUGACAUUAUUGCUGGAUUUCACAACGGUGUUGUUGUUGAACAGGGACACAAUGAACUCAUGACACAGAAGGGUGUCUACUAUUCUCUUGUGAUGCAGCAGGUACGCGGUGAGGACCUGAAGUCUGAGAGUAGCACAGGCCUGUCAGAGGAAAAUCUCCCGGCUGUGCCUUAUUCCAGAAUUCUGGCUCUGAACAAACCUGAGUGGCUGCAUAUAUUCUUUGGCGUGAUUGCUGCUGCCUUCUCUGGUGGCAUCUACCCUGCAUUUUCUGUUCUAUAUGGAAAAAUCAUUUGAGCUUUUCAAGAAACAGAUCCUGAAAAAAGGAGCAAAAACACCACAUUGCUUUCUCUAAUGUUUCUUGUACUGGCAGUGAUCAGCUUAGUAACACACAUAAUCCAGGGAUUCAUGUUUGGAAAUUCUGGAGAAGUUCUGACCAAGAGAUUGCGAUCUUUGUCAUUCAAAGCAUUGCUUCAGCAGGAGAUUGGGUGGUACGACGAUCCUAAAAAUGCCAUAGGGGUUUUGUUAACCAGACUAGCUACAGAUGCUUCACAAGUCAAAGGGGCUACUGGAAGCCGACUUGGCUUGUUCACUAAGACUGCCUCUACCCUUCUGACCGCCCUCAUUAUUGCUUUUGUAUAUGACUGGCGAUUAACUUUGCUUAUCCUGGCCUGCAUUCCUUUCGUUAUUGCUGCAAGUGCUAUUCGACUGAGCUCUGUAGCUGGUCAGGCAUCAAAAGAUCAAAAAGCUUUGGAAGAGGCCGGACGAAUUUCAACGGAAGCAGUUGAAAAUAUAAGAACUGUGGCUUCAUUAACUAGUGAAGAUGCAUUCUAUGAGAGAUAUAAUGCAAGUUUGAAUGGUCCAUACAGGGACUCUCUAACAAAAGCCCCCCUAUAUGGACUUACCUAUGGAAUAGCCCACUGUGCAAACUACUUUCUCAAUGCAGCAAUCUUCAGAUUCGGGGCAUGGCUCAUUGCUAAUUGUUAUACAAACUUUGAAAAUGUAUUUAUAGCCUUUUAUUCAGUUCUAUAUGGUGUUUUAAAUGUUGGGCUGUCCACUUCUUUGGCACCAGAUUUUGGCAAAGCUAAAGUUUCUUCCCAACGAAUCUUUCAGCUUUUGGAUCGGAAACCCUUAAUUGACAGCUAUAGUGAAGAGGGUACAAAACUGAGUCAGUUUGAUGGCAACAUUGAAUUCAGGGACAUCCAUUUUAUAUACCCUACAAGACCAGAAGCUCAAGUUUUGCAAGGACUCAGCGUGAAGGUUAAUAAAGGACAGAUGCUAGCCUUGGUGGGGAGCAGUGGUUGUGGCAAAAGCACAUCCAUUCAGCUGCUGGAGAGAUUUUAUGACCCUAUGGCAGGACAAGUGUUUGCAGAUGGGUUCGAUACCAAGUCUUUGCAUUUGCAAUGGUUAAGGUCCAAAUUGGGUAUUGUGUCACAGGAGCCUAUUUUGUUUGACUGCAGCAUUGCUGAAAAUAUCCAGUACGGAGACAACAGUAGGGUUGUCAGUCAGGAGGAAGUUGAAGAGGCAGCUAAAGCAGCAAAUAUUCACACCUUCAUAGAAAAUCUCCCAGAGAAGUAUAAUACCCGAGUGGGUGACAAAGGAGCACAACUUUCUGGAGGUCAGAAACAAAGAAUAGCAAUUGCUCGUGCUCUGGUUCGUAAGCCAGCAGUUCUGCUUCUGGAUGAAGCCACAUCUGCUCUUGACACGGAAAGUGAAAAGAUUGUCCAGAAAGCCUUGGACGAUGCCAGGAAGGGUCGAACCUGCAUUAUUAUUGCUCGCCGCUUGACGACCGUCCAGAACGCUGAUGUCAUAGCAGUGAUUCAUAAUGGAAAAGUAGUGGAACAAGGGACUCACAGCCAGCUGCUGGCAAAGGAAGGACAUUACUAUGCACUUGUAAAUGCACAAGUUUCUCAUUAA